CAGAAUUCCACUCUUUUUGACUUUUAUCUUAUUUCUAGGUUGCUCUUGGGCCAGAGGCCUUCUUGGUGACCGUAGUGAUGAACCGGAGGUUGAGCAGAGAGUAGGUAGGCGGGGCUCAAGGGGUGGGGCCAAGCCAAAGGGCUCUCACACUAAGUGAAGCUUCUCCAUUCUGUAAGCUUUCCGGGAACAUCCAAGGCAAGACUGGCACCCAGCACAGCAGUGACUGACCACAUACCCCACUCUCCAGGACCCAUGGAGUCCUUCAGCUCAAAGAGCCUGGCACUGCAAGCAGAGAAGAAGCUACUGAGUAAGAUGGCGGGUCGGUCUGUGGCUCAUCUCUUCAUAGAUGAGACAAGCAGUGAGGUGCUAGAUGAGCUCUACCAUGUGUCCAGGGAGUACACGCACAGCCGGCCCCAGGCCCAGCGCGUGAUCAAGGACCUGAUCAAAGUGGCCGUCAAGGUGGCUGUGCUGCACCGCAAUGGCUCCUUCGGCCCCAGUGAGCUGGCCCUGGCUACCCGCUUUCGCCAGAAGCUGCGGCAGGGUGCCAUGACGGCACUUAGCUUUGGUGAGGUAGACUUCACCUUCGAGGCUGCUGUUCUGGCUGGCCUGCUGACCGAGUGCCGGGAUGUGCUACUGGAGUUGGUGGAACGCCACCUCACGCCCAAGUCACAUGGCCGCAUCCGCCACGUGUUUGAUCACUUCUCUGACCCAGGUCUGCUCACGGCCCUGUAUGGGCCUGACUUCACUCAGCACCUUGGCAAGAUCUGUGACGGACUCAGGAAGCUGCUAGAUGAAGGGAAGCUCUGAGAGUCCUGAGCCUAGCACAUUCCACCUUGACAAAAUGGCUGACUGAGAAAACACAGAUAAUGGGCUUCCUAACCCUGCUCACCUGGCACUAACACUUUUCAAUCUUCAGGCUUCAUUCCUUCCCAAGAGUGCUUUUGACUCUGAGACCAGCCGACCCCCAAACAGCUGGUGGAGAAGGAGCAAUGCUGAGGGGUGAGGCCUCUCUCCCACUCCAGCCCCAGGACAGGAAACAGAACUGCCUGAAAAAGGUGAAGUGAAACUUGGAUCUCUAUUUCUCCCAUAAGGGACUUCUGAACAGGGAAGCCCCCUCCCAUGUGAACCAAGGAAAGGAGGCACAGCCCAGAGAACCCCUUUGGGGACACUAAAGACAGAAGGGGGAAGGUGGCCCUUAGAGACACAGCUUGGAUAGAUGCCAGAGGCUCUGUUCCAGAGUGCAGGAGGAAAGGGCUAGGGCAGGGGAGAUUCUCAUAGGGGAAAUAAAACUACUAAAAUAUG